AUGGCAGCCAAAACCCUCUCCUUCAAAUGUGCCCUCAUUACGGGCGGCGGCGGUGGCAUCGGCUUCGAGAUGUCCAAAUACCUCAUCUCCCUUAACAAGAAAGUCAUUAUCGUCGGCCGCACCGAGAAGACGCUCGCCCAAGCAGCCCAAGAUCUUGGACACGAUACAAAGUACUACGUCCUCGACACCGGCAACGUCUCUGCCAUCCCAACCUUCUGCCAGAAAGUCAUCGAGGAGAGGCCUGAAGUGGAUUGCCUGAUCAACAACGCUGGCGUACAGAGACCGCUGGAUGUCAACGAUUUCGACCUGCAGAAAGCGGAUCAGGAGAUUGACAUUAAUAUCCGCGGGCCUAUGCAUCUGACGAUGGGGUUCUUGGAGCACUUCAAGAGCAAGGAGGCGGCGACUAUCGUCAACGUGUCGAGUGUACUCGGAUACAUCCCCUUCUCGAUCAUCAACCCGGUGUAUAAUGGUACGAAAGCGUGGCUGCAUUUCUGGACGAUGAAUCUGAGGACACAGCUUGCGAAGGAUGGGAGGGGGAAGGGGAUCAAGGUGGUGGAGAUUGCGCCGCCGACUGUGGCGACGAACUUGCAUCGGGAAAGGGAGGAUCCGGAUGAUAACAAGAAGAGUAAGAAUCCGGAGAGUCUGGAGGUGGGGGAGUUUAUGGAAUACGUGCGGAGGGGGUUUGAGGAGGGGAAGGAGACGAUUGGGGCCGGGAGUAGUGUGGAGGUCGUGGAUAAGUGGUAUGAGGCGUUUGGGGGGCAAUAUGAGAAGGCAGCGUCUAAGUGA